AUGGAUGUGAGUAUGAAGGAGCUCAGUUUCAAGGUUGUGCUCCUCGGCGAGGGCCGUGUUGGCAAAACGUCGCUGAUUUCCCGCUAUGUCUACAGCAUGUUUGAUGAGAAAGAGGCAAGCACGGUCCAGGCAAGCAUGUGCAGUUCCAAGGCAGUCCCCAUCAAUGACCCUAGCAACGCCCCUGGCGCCAUCCGCGAAGUGGAAUUGGCGUUGUGGGACACGGCAGGGCAGGAGCGUUUCCACGCACUCGCGCCGAUGUACUACCGUAACGCUGAUGGGGCCAUCAUUGUGUACGACGUCACCGAUGCUGACACGCUACGCAAGGUGCGCACGUGGGCCAAGGAGCUCUACGCUGUUGUGGGGGAGGGCAACAUUCAGCUCGUCUUGUGCGGAAACAAGGCGGACGCCUCGCCGACGGAGCGGGAGGUGAGCGAGGGCGAGGGGGCGGCUAUGGCGGCAGAGCUCAAGGCCGCGCACUUCUUCGCAAGCGCAAAGACAGGGCAAAACGUAGCGGAGGUGUUCAGCGCAAUAGCGACACAGGUUGUACGUAGUCGCGAGGUCACUGGGAUGGGUGGUGGUGCUGUUGCUAGUGGUAGCAGCAGCGGCGGGGGUGCCUACUCCAGGAUUGGGGGUUGCACGCCAUCCCGCUCGCGUCCGCGACGUGGGCUGAUGGUGGUGACGGAAGACGGAGAGGCGGUGAUUCCAGCCCGUAGCUCCCCGAGUGAAGGUCGUGUGUACGGGAGCAUUACCCCACCCCGGGCCCACCGCUACGGAAGCAGCGGUACCAACCAGCCCAUCACACUUAGCGCCGACAGCUCUCUUGACCCGGCGGCGGCGCCCAGCAACAGUGGCUGUUGCUGA